AUGACAUAUGCAGCUGGUACACUUCCAUAUUCAGUCAACGUCGGCGAUUUCAAUAGUGAUAACCGAUUAGAUAUCGUUGUUGUAAACUCUGGCAAUCCCAACAUGGGUAUCUUUUUUGGGUAUGGCAAUGGAAAUUUCCCAGCACAAGUUACAUAUUCAGUUAGUCCUCUUAUUUCUCCCUACUCUGUUGCUGUUGGUGACUUCAACAAUGAUAACCGACUAGACGUAGCUCUCAGCGAUCGGAGUGGUAGCAGCUUUGGUGUCUUACUUGGGAAUGGGAAUGAAACUUUCCGAGCAAUUAUAACAUAUUCAACCGGCUCUGUAUCUUACGCAAUCGCUGUUGGUGAUUUCAACAACGAUAGUAAACUAGAUAUUGUUAUUGCCAAUUUUGCCACUAACAACAUCGGUAUAUUUCUUGGCAAUGGUAAUGGAACUUUUGGAGCACAAAAAACAUUUUCAACUAGCUCAUCUCCUUACUCAAUCGCUGUUGGUGAUUUCAAUAAUGAUAGUCGAUUAGAUAUUGCUGUCGCUAAUUCUGCCAGUACUAAUAUGGGAAUUUUUCUUGGUGGUGGAAAUGGAAAUUUUACAGCACAAACAACCUUCGCCACAGGCUCAAGUCCGUAUUCUCUUGCAGUUGGUGAUUUCAACAGUGACAAUCGAUUAGAUGUUGUUGUCGUCAAUUUUGCCAAUGCUAAUAUUGGCAUUUUUCUCUCACAGGGAAAUGGAAGUUUCGCAGCACAAAGAACAUUCGCCACAGGCUCAAGUCCGUAUUCUGUUGCAGUUGGUGAUUUCAAUAACGACAAUCGAUUAGAUGUCGUUGUUGCUAAUGCAGGCAGUGCUACUGUGAGCAUUCUUCUUGGCUACGGUAACGGAAGUUUCGCAACGCAAAUGGCAUUUGCGAGUGGCUUGUAUCCGACCUCAGUCGUCGUCGGUGAUUUCAAUAACGACACUCAAGCGGAUAUUGCAGAUGGGAAUAGUAGUGGUGCAAGUGUUACUGUUUUUCUGCAGACCUGUUAA